AACUCUUGGAUAUUGCUUGGGACAUUAUUGUAUAAGCGAACACAAAUACCUUAAAAUGAAUAAUUGUUUUUGUAAGCCUAGUAGCGAGUUUUCUUGUAUUGCUGCCACAGCAUGAAACAUGCUUUAAUACAAAAAAUCUCAUCUGCCAAAUCAGAAAUCAGUUUUAAUUACACAUUAUAUUUCAACUUUCAUUUUUAUCCGUAAAAUACUAUAACAGACGACUUUUUCUCUAAGAAAUGAACAUCAGCCCUAAAUAGGUGUUAGACAUGCGCGGGAAAUAUUCGCUGAUCUUCAAUUCAAUUUAAAAAAAAAUAAGAAGUAUGUUUUUUUACUGCUUCAGUAAAUAAUUUAUUAAAUGACAAAUAUUAUUACUGUAAGUCUUCCGGUAGAUAAGAUAAGUGAAAAGAUUUAAUUAAACUCUAUAAAUAAUAGUUAAAUCAUACCUAAUACCUUAUCAUCUAUGCAGAUUACUUUAAAACCCGUGUUUCUGUAAAGCAAUCUGUAAAAGUAGAAAAGGAUUUUUUUAGUUAAAAGGUUAUUUAUAAAUUUUUACGCGUACCUACAGCAUUAAAUGUUAUCAUUAGAACAAGUAAUUGAACAUUUAGGGAUCUCUCUUAUAGAUAAUUAUAAAAAAAAUCCCUGUAAGUAUUUCUGCCACUUUAUUCUCGAAUGAAGUAAACAGAUAUUUGAUAUUUCAAACGAAUAAUAAUGAACUUCAAACAGAAACAAUCUCAUUUGGGGGUCGAAUUGAUUAGACCAUUCCACUAGACAGUAAUCGAUUUUAUAUAAAAUAAAUUUUAUGCCAAAAUUUGCAUCGCAAUCAGUGGUUAGUUCAGGCUUCCUAUGGAAAAAAUGUUUGGGUAAACGGCAUCAGGUGUUACCUAACACAGAAUCCAAUGUCGGUGAAACCGCCACCUCGUCACGCUCCGAUGAGCGGAACAUUGUUGGCGACACCUUGUUUGAUUUACGCUUUCGGUUUCGGCAGAAUCAAGUAAAAUUAUCGAUUUUAAUACAAAUCAUCGCAAUCGAUAAGUAUCGAGCAUAGUAAUUUAUAAUCACAAUAUUGAUACUACUUACGUGUGAUUGGUAAGUCGCAGAGGAUUUUCUGAUGGACUUCUGUUUGCUCCGCCUACAGAAGACAGAGUCAUGUAGGUACACUUAAAGUUGAUUGAAAAAACAAAUCGUGAUCGUCAUCGUCAUCCAUCCCACCCUCACCUUAGUAGUUCUUAAUAGAAGAGCAACACGACACGAAGUAGUUAACGAUAUAUUGGUUAUUAUCAAUUUUAUGACUUCAGUCCCGGCAGUCAAACAUGAGACCGGCUCAACAGUAUGUGCAUGGAUACUGCUUAACAUGAAGUUGUGUUUAGUCAUUUACUUCGUCGUCUGUAUGUAUAAAAAAACCUGUAGAAGGUCGGCAAAACCUUGAUAAUUUUCUAGUGCGCUAAAGCUUUUGUAAUAUUUCAAAAAGGGUUAUAAAUGAAACAGUGUUUCGUUAAUGGUUGUCACCAUUGUUUGGCUCCACACUUCAGCGUGAAACUAUUUAUCUUUCGUUGAUAAUAGAGUUUGUUGACAAGACUAACCCAAAAUUAUGUUCACAAUAUGUAGGUCGGCGUAAGCUAGAGACCGUGGUAUUGACAGUUCUUAUCACUGUUCACAUUUGAUAAUGAAGAUUACGAUGGAAUCUACAGUAAGAAGACCCCUUCGCUUCAAUGCACUCUAGAAAAAGUGUUUAUUAUCCAAAACGUAACUCCUUGUUUUUCUUUUGAUUAAUAAUGUUAUGAUAAGAAUGAGUCACCUACGUGACUAAUACCGAAAGAUCACGACCUCUAUAUCUUAAGGUAGUUAACAUGUUUGAAAUAUAUAUAAGCAAGCUUAUUCAUCGAAUUAAAUUAAUAAAACGUUUUUUUAUUUGUUACAGAUAGCGGUGCAGCUAUCAUAUCGUCAAAGCAAUAGAUCAAUGUAGUAUUUUGGAAGCCUUUAACCGAAUUUUGGUUAAGAGAGAUUUCUUAUUUUGUAAAUGACGUAUCCGUCCUUAUAGAGCAGAAUUAUAUUUUUGAUAGAAAAUUUUAUUAGUAAUAAAUGAGUCAGCGUGAAAGCAGAGCGAGCUUAUCGAGCAAUAUGACGGUGAUCAGUAUGAGGGUAGGCGUGAGAUUGCUGUGGACGGCCGUGGUGGCGCUAGUAUUCUUCACCAGGAGCAGCGCGGCACCGACCUUCGGGACCACCGACAAGGCGAUGAUGUACCUAGCGCAGUACGGAUACCUCAGUCCGUCCGUAAGGAACCCCUCCAGUGGCCACAUCAUGGAUGAGAGCUCGUGGAGGCGCGCCAUUGCCGAGUUCCAGAGCUUUGCCGGUUUGAAUGCGACAGGCGAAAUAGAUAAAGAGACUGCUGAUACUAUGUCAUUGCCCAGGUGUGGUGUGCGAGAUAAAGUGGGUUUCGGGGAAAGCCGUGCCAAACGAUACGCGUUACAAGGUUCCAGAUGGCGUGUGAAGAAUCUAACGUACAAGAUCUCCAAGUACCCGAGUAAGUUGAACCAUGCCGAAGUGGAUGCUGAGCUUGCGAAGGCGUUUUCAGUGUGGUCUGACUAUACAGAUCUCACCUUCACACAGAUGAGAACCGGCCAGGUGCACAUUGAAAUCAGGUUUGAGAAGGGAGAGCAUGGCGACGGUGAUCCUUUCGAUGGCCCCGGUGGCACCUUGGCCCAUGCGUAUUUCCCUGUUUACGGCGGUGAUGCUCACUUUGAUGACGCUGAGAUGUGGACGAUCAACUCUCGACGAGGAACAAAUCUCUUCCAGGUGGCCGCUCACGAGUUCGGCCAUUCGCUGGGUCUAUCACACAGUGACGUACGCUCUGCCCUGAUGGCUCCCUUCUACAGAGGAUACGACCCUGCCUUCCAGUUAGACCAGGACGAUAUCCAGGGUAUUCAGGCUCUGUACGGCCACAAGUCGCAGACGGACAUAGGCGGCGGUGUUGGCUUAGGCGGAGGUGCGCCGGUGCCCCCGCGCGCCACCACGCAGCAGCCUUCCGCCGAGGACCCCGCGCUCUGCGCCGACUCUAAGUUCGACACCAUCUUCAACUCCGCCGACGGAGGCACUUUCAUAUUCAAAGGUGAACACUAUUGGCGAUUGACCGAAGACGGUGUAGCCGCCGGCUACCCGCGGCUCAUAUCGCGCUCUUGGCCCGGCCUACCCGGCAACAUCGACGCCGCUUUCACUUAUAAGAACGGCAAGACUUACUUCUUCAAAGGCUCCAAGUACUGGAGGUACAAAGGGCAGAAGGUCGACGGGCAGUAUCCUAAAGAAAUUAGCGAAGGUUUCACUGGUAUUCCUGACAAUCUCGACGCUGCUUUAGUCUGGUCUGGCAAUGGCAAGAUAUACUUCUACAAAGGCUCGAAGUUCUGGAGGUUCGACCCAGCUCAGCAGCCACCAGUCAAAUCCACAUACCCCAAGCCGUUGUCCAACUGGGAAGGCAUUCCGGAUGGCAUCGAUGCAGCUCUGCAGUACACUAACGGAUACACUUACUUCUUCAAGGGUGGUCAAUACUGGCGGUUUAAUGACAGAACUUUCAGUGUGGACUCAGAUAACCCAGCGUUCCCUCGGUCCACGGCGUACUGGUGGCUGGGCUGUAGCAGCGCGCCCAAGGGCACAGUCGGAGGUGUAAAAUCAUCCGCUCCCAGAUCAUUCUUCUGGUUCAGGAAAUAACCUCGGUGGAGUGUUCCUGAACAUUGUAUAUAGAGAAAUUGCAUAAAGAACAAAGACUCAAUUAGUAAAUAGGAGAAUAUAUGCGAAUACCAGUGAGAUUAUAGACAUAAGCGGUGAUUUUAGAACCGGCGGGCUUGUCACACGCUGCCUUGAUCAGCGUUCAGUCAGGCGGGGCUAGACUGUAAUAGGUUGAUCGUGGCUCCGACCCGC